CUUCCACUCAUCUCACUUGCUGUCUAGUACAAUGGCGCCUUCAGUGCCCUGUGAUGCAUCUGGAAAACGCGGAGAGAAGAGGAAGCGACCCUCUAUCCGACAGCUUGCAGUCAAGCAGGAAUCUCAAGCGGAGGUCAUCGCGAAGAAAUUGCAUCAUGGGAUACACGAAGCGCGCAAAGCCGCAAAGAAGGCGGAGGCGUUCGAGGUUCGCAAGCUGGUGAAGCGGCUGAAGGCUGCACGUUCCCAAAGUGCCAAGGUCAACGUCAAAAGUGACGACCCAGCUGAGAUGGAGAAGCAGCUACAAGUGCUGAAGCAUGCCGAUCACGAACAAUUUGGCAAUACCGCUCUGAGGACCAAGAUACUCAAGGACGGGCUGCUGUCUAAGAACGAAGACGUCAAGCGCGCCGUGGAGGACAAGCUUUCGGAGGACCUUGUAGCCCCACAGGAGCCUGGGUCAUCCGCGGCAAAGGUCCACGCGCGGCUGCUAAGCUCGAAGAUCCUAGCAGAUGCCGUGCAUACGGUUGUGAACACUUUGAGGGAGGUGCUGAACCCGGAGUCUGUGAAGAAGGACCGGACGGGCGCGGAGGAGAGCGACGAGGAGAGUGAAGCUGCAGAAGAGGAAAUCUCAGGACAACCUAAGCAAGGGGGGAAAGUGAAGGCUGAGGAGGCGAGCGAUGACGAAGACGAGGAGGACGAGGAUGCGGAGAGCGGGAGCCAGGUCGACGCCGACGAUGCAGCCUGGGAGUCCGGCACGAUUGAUGGAGGCGAUGACGGCGCCGGCGUGGAUUGGGAAUCCGGCUCUAUCGACGAUGAUGGUGACAUCGCCGUCGCUAACUCUUCAGAUGACGAUGACGAUGGCGAGAGCGAAUCGUUCGGCGACUCUGAGGUAGAAUCCGACGCGCCUCCAGCCAAGAAAGCAAAACCUUCGGCUACGGACGUGAAGGGCAAUUCGAAACCCGGCGCAGCAUCUACGUUCCUCCCCUCCCUCUCUGUCGGGUUCACCCGCGGAGACUCAGACGCAUCAGACUUCAGCGAGGGCGAAGCAGCCGGCGCCGACGCGCCCCGGAAGAACCGGCGCGGUCAGCGUGCCCGGAGAGCCAUCUGGGAGAAGAAGUACGGCAGGAACGCGAACCACGUCAAGAAACAACACGAGGCGCAAGCCCGUGCUCCCCGACCACAACAACAAAAAGGCAGGCCCUAUGGAGGUCCGGCCGAGCGCGGCGCGAGGAAGUUCCAGGCUGCUGGGGGAGCACCUCGUCAGGGCCGCGACGCAGGCUACGGGAAGACAAAUGCUGACGGUGUGACGCGAGGUCCGGGACAGACACUUGGCGCCUCUAGACAUGUCGGGAGCUCGGGGCCGGAGACAAAGAAUGCAGGGGCUGGGGGCGGGCGCAGUGGGAAGGGUGCGCAAGGCGAAACACCUUUGCAUCCGUCUUGGGAAGCCAAGAAGAGGCUGAAAGAGAAGUUGAAUCCUGGUAUCAGGCCCGCACAGGGGAAGAAGAUUACCUUCUCGUAGAGCAUUCGAUACACAGCGGGUGUAUGUUCUACUCGCGGGCCGAUGUCGAGCCGCUUGCGGCAACUCACCUUUGACUUUACUAGCGUACGGGCAGAACACCUGUCGGAUGUGCGGAGCGUUGCCGUCCAU